AUGUCAUCAGCGAUAGCCAAACGCCUCGAAGGCAAAACAAUCCUUAUCACAGGCGCCUCGUCCGGAAUCGGUCGCGCCACGGCCCUCGAAUUCGCGCGCACAUCUCCCAAGAAGCUUCGAUUGAUCCUUGCGGCCCGGCGCUCCGACGCACUCUCCGAGCUCCAAUCCGCAAUAUCCGGAGAAGUCGGGUCCGGUGUGCAGGUGCUGCCUGUGACGCUGGAUGUGAGCAAUCCGCAAUCGGUGAAAGACUUCAUCCCGAACCUCCCCGAGGAAUGGCGCGCGAUCGACGUAUUGGUGAACAACGCUGGACUCGUCCGCGGUGUUGAUCGCGCACCGGAGAUCAAAGAGGAGGAUAUGCAUAUCAUGUUCGCGACCAACGUAACGGGAUUGAUCAACAUGACUCAAAGCGUGCUCGCUGGGAUGCUCGAGCGUGGACCCAAUGGCGAGGGCAAGGGUGAUAUCAUCAACAUUGGAUCAAUCGCCGGACGAGAUCCGUAUCCCGGCGGAGGAAUCUACUGCGCGACGAAAGCUGCAGUACGGAGUUUCACGGAUUCACUGCGCAAGGAGCUCAUCUCGAAGAGAAUCCGCAUCAUGGAGAUUGAUCCUGGUCAGGUGGAGACGGAGUUCUCCGUUGUUCGGUUCUACGGUGACAAGGCCAAGGCAGAUGCGGUGUAUGCUGGAUGCACGCCUCUAACUCCAGAGGACAUUGCGGAGACAGUUGUCUUUGCGGCAGGCCGGCCGGAGAAUGUUGUCGUAGCAGACAUGCUCGUUUUCCCGAACCACCAGGCUUCUGCGGGAUCCAUGCACAAGAAAACAUAA